UAUAAUAUUGUGAGCUUUCUUUAGUCUUUUUCUUCUUAUAUUCUAAGCUUUCUAACAUCAUUCACAAAUCAAAGAGCUUACGCUCCUUGUACUUUGAAAAUCCUGCACAUAGUCGGGUUCCGCAGAAUGUAACCAAACAAAAAUAAACAGAAUUAACCAUCGCUGCAAUGUGUCCACAGUUAAGCAGCGCCGGAACAGCCAGAGCUUUCUCUCAAAUGGGGUUCACUAAGCGGCCCCCAAAAGUCUCUGCACGAAAUUGUUAUCCUGUGAGCACCAAGCUAGCAAGUGAAGAAGUGGAGAAGAGCAUUUACUCUCUUCUUACCCUGGACCGUUGGGGUUCACUCAAUCAUAUGAGGUAUAAGAUGGCUUCACUAAGACCAGUUCAUGGGAAAAUGGCUUUAAAAUUCUUGAAUUGGUUUAUUAAGCAACCUGGUUUGGAGUUCACUCAUAUUAUUCAUAUGUAUGGUAUCACAACUCACAUACUUGUUAGAGCUAGAAUGCAUAACUAUGUUAAGUCAAUUUUAGGGCAUAUAGCUGACAUGGGUGUUGGGUCAAGUUCUGUUUUUAGUGCUCUUAUGGAUACGUAUCGCAUUUGCAGUUCAAACCCUUCUGUUUUUGAUAUCUUAAUUAGGGUUUAUGUGAGAAAAGGUGAACUUAAAGAUGCUCUUCAGGUGUUUAAUUUGAUGAGUUCUCGAUCGUUUAAACCGUCGGUUUACACUUGUAAUAUGGUGCUAGCAGCAAUGGGGAAGCAGGGAAGUGCUGAGUCUGUAUGGUCGUUUUUUAAAGAAAUGCUUGCUAAUCGUAUUUGUCCCAAUGUUGGUACGUUUAAUAUACUUUUACAAGUUCUUUGUGCAAAAGGGAAGGUUGAGAGAGCAAGUUGUUUGCUUGAAAAGAUGGUAGAGAGUGGUUAUAACCCUGAUGUGGUUACUUAUAAUACUUUGCUUAAUUGGUAUUGCAAGAAGGGAAGGUAUAAAGCAGCUUUGGAACUGAUUGAUUGCAUGAAUUCCAAGGGUCUUGAAGCUGAUGUUUGUACAUACAAUAUGUUUAUAGAUGACUUAUGCAGGAAGAACAGGAGUGCUAAAGGCUAUUUAGUAUUGAGGAAGAUGAGGAAGAGAUUGAUUGUUCCAAAUCAUAUUACCUAUAAUACUCUUGUUAACGGGUUUGUGAAAGAGGGGAAGAUUGACGCUGCAAUGAAGAUUUUUCAUGAGAUGUUGAAGCUUAAUCUUUCACCAAAUUGUAUCACUUACAAUGCUUUGAUUGAUGGGCAAUGUCGAGCAGGCAAUCUAAAAGAGGCUCAAGAAAUACUGAUUGAAAUGGAAACAAGAGGUCUGCAGCCUGAUGAAGUUAGUUAUGGGGCUCUCUUGAAUGGUUUCUGCAAGCAUGGCAUAUUGGAUUCUGCAAGAGAUAUUCUCAAGAAGAUGAAGCUGAGAGGAUUAUCUCUCAAUCAGCAUGCAUAUACAAUGUUAUUAGAAGGGAUAUGCAAAAUGGGGUGUCUAGGAGAAGUUGUACCGUUACUUGAGGAUAUGUUUGAGAGUGGUAUAUGUCUUGAUGUUGUUGCAUACUCGGUACUUCUAAAUGGAUUUUGUAAAGCUGGAAUGCUAAAUACAGCAAUGGAAAUAUUAUGUAGGAUGUACAAGUUUGGAGUUUUCCCAAAUGAUGUAGUAUACUCUACUUUGAUCUACAACUUUUGCAAGCAACAUAAUGUCCUAAAAGCAAUGAGAGUCUAUGCAAUGAUGCAUAAAACAGGCCAUACUCCUGACGCUUUCAUUUGCAACACACUGAUAUCUUCUCUUUGUACAGGUGGAAGAGUAAGAGAGGCAGAGGAUUUCAUGCGUCACAUGUAUACGAUUGAUCUUGUUCCCAAUUCUGCUGCUUUUACUUCUGUUAUUGAUUGCUAUGGAAAUGUAGGUGAAGGGUUAAAAGCAUUAUCCUGGUUUGACGAAAUGAUUAACUUGGGUAGACAGCCUAGCUUUUACACCUAUGCAAGCUUACUAAAGGGAAUAUGCAGAGGAGGAAACCUUACAGAGGCGCUUGGAUUAUUUGAUAGGCUCCGUGGAAUUUAUUGUGCGACAGAUGUUGUUGUCUACAACUCAUUGCUGGCUGAGAUCUGUAAGUUAGGCCACUUCCACAUGGCAUUAAUCCUUAUCAACGAGAUGGUUCAGAUUAAUGUGCUCCCAGAUAGUCAUACCUACACCAGUCUCGUAGCUGGCUUGUGUCGGAAGGAUAAGUUGGUCACUGCAAUUCUUAUAUUGGAAAGAGCAUUGAGUAGAGGAGACCCCUCUUCAAACCGGGUCAUGUAUACAUGUAUUAUUGAUGGACUUUUCAAGAGUGGCUUGCCUAAGGUUGCCAGUUACUUCUUUGAUGAGAUGACAUGGAAAGGUCUUACCCCAGAUACCGUGGCACUGAAUGUGGUGAUGGAUGGUUACUCAAAACAUGGACAAAUUGAUAAGGCGAGUAGUUUCUUUUCUACAACGAGAGAGAGAAGUGAAAUGCCUUCCUUGGCUACAUAUAAUAUUUUAUUACGAGGCUAUUCGAGACAGAAGAACAUAUCCGAGUGCUCUAAGUUAUAUCAGUCACUUAGAGAAAAAGGUCUCACUCCAGAUAAAUUAACAUGCCAUUAUGUGACUCUUGGACUCUGUGAGUCGAGUCUGCUGGAUAUUGGGGUUAAAUUUGUGAUAAAGAUGAUCUUGGGGGGAAUAGUGGCAGAUAAAUUCACAUUCAACAUGAUUAUCAGUAAAUAUUGUGAAAGGGGUGAGAUGAAGCAGGCCCUUGAUCUUCUUUCUUUAAUGACUACCUUAGGUGUUUCUCCUGAUGGAGACACUUACAAUUUGAUAUUUAAGGGACUGAAAAGAACAUUGGACUUCCAAAAUUCACAUCGUCUCUUGCAUAAAAUGAUCGAAGAGGGUUUUGUCCCAGUUGACAGACAAUACUGCAAUUUAAUCACUAGUAUGUGUAAAGUUGGAGAUGUAAAAGGAGCAUUCAAACUAAAAGAUGAAAUGGAGUUAUUAGGUGUUAGCUCUCGUACUAUAGCUGAGGGUGCAAUUAUAAGGGGGCUUGUGCGUCGUGGGAAGAUGGAGGAAGCAAUGCUGGUACUUGAAUGUAUGCUACGGGUGCAUCUACUUCCAACCGUUGCCACAUUCACAACAGUUAUGCAUGGACUUUGCAAAAGUUCUAAGUCUUGUGAGGCCCUAAAAUUGAAAACUACAAUGGAGCUUCAUGGUGGAAAGCCAGAUGUUAUUGCUUACAAUGUCCUCAUAACAGGCCUUUGUGCUGGUGGUUAUAUUGAUGAUGCAUAUGAUCUCUAUGAGGAGCUGAAAGAGAGGGGUAUGUGUCCCAAUAUUACAACCUUCACGGUUCUUCUCAAUGCAUUUUGUUCUGGGAAUGAUCUUGCAAAGGGUGAAAAUCUUUUAAAUGAUCUGCAAGAGAGAGGACUGGAAGGUGAAUUUUCAAAUACCCAAGCAUUAUGUGAAAGAUUGACAAUCAUGAAGGAAAAGCUAAAUGCUUUAAGAAAGAAGAAAAAGAAAAGAAGAUAAGUAUAUUGCUAUAGAAAGAUAACACUGGGAACAUUUAUCUAGCUUGCUGGAAAUAAUAUCUUCAUAGGGGUCUCAUGGCUUAAACUAGCUUCAAUGGUUGAGAUCAGGUCUAUCUGAGACAUCUGCUGGAACUUUGGACACUUCUACCAUUUGAAGUGUAUCUCUAUGUUCGGUGUCCUUUAAGAUAUCUUUCGUACAAGGUGGAUAUGAGGAUAUCGCUGCUCACAAAGUGGUCAACUGUGUAUCUGACACUGAUCUGUCUGAAUAGUAUUUGACAUUCUUGAUUUGUUUAUUCUGUUUGAUGGCCCAGGUCUAUCUACUUAUGUGCUCUACAUUGAAGUGCAUUUCGUUAUCUAGCAAGACCACUAGAUUGAAGUGUUGCAAAUCACACCGAAGCUUGUUUCUUCAAUAUUUACUGUUAUCUGGAAAAAAUGCGAACAAAUCCUGCCUCCACCUAACUUUCUGAAGAAGAGAUAAGGUAUUGUUUCAAUGGUUGAUCACAAUCCUAUUCAAUUGUAUCUUUUGCCCUUCCUUGUUAUUUGUUGGAAACUGAAGUCAGAAAUAGCUUUCAGAAACCAAGUGCCUUGCUGCUAGGUGUCGGUGAUCAGGUAUUUGACAGUUUAUUGACCUGAUAUGUCUACUUGUGACAAGCUGUUUCUUGACACUUCUUUUUCAACACCUCAAUAAAGAGGCAGAAAUCAUAUGAAAUGAUGUGUAUGUAUCAUCAGGAAACCAUCUAUGGACUCAAAUUCCCUUUGGAGACUGCAUUCUUCAGACUAUUUGAAACCAGUUUGUAACGUAUUUCCUCUUUUAAGUUGGUCUUUUCUUUGUAUCCAAACAACAUUCUAAUAACUGUAAAUUUCUACUGUUCUCAAGGGUUAUCAACUCUGCUUUCACCUUGGACUGGUUGAAGUAUAGGACUUGGACGCUAGAAAUGCUGAUCCUAAAGGUGAUCAUUUACAUUUAUCAACUCCAGCUUGUACUCCACUUGCUGGAAGAUGAACUCAGUAGCAGAUCGACGAGUUCUCCAACAGUUUUCUGAGACCUAUCAUAUCCGCAAACUCACAAUAAAGCAUCUCCCUGAUAUACGCUGUACCACAACAUCUUUAACAUAUAUGAACCUGAUAAUGAAGGCAGACAGCCAGUUGAUGCUGUGGGUCAUCUACCUGCAGCCAGCAGGGGCGGGCCUACAUUGGUUCAAGUGGGUUCAUAUGAACCCACUAAAACAAGUGUGACCCUUACCCAAGUGGUGAAGAGGGUUCAAAUUUCCCAGCCAAUCUGAGUUCGAAUCCCUAUAGCCACAUUUUAGUUUACAUCUUGAACGCACUUCGUGAAAAUUCUGGGUCCGCCACUGGCAGCCAGUAUUUUGAAGAACUCAGAGGAGUCUGGCAGAGAGAUGACACGUGCAGUGCUCAUUUCAUUAGCUCCUUUUCUUUCUGUAGAAGAAGAUCUCCUCCUUGUUCGCAUGGCAGACAAAAGAUGUAAAUAAUAACUGAAAAACAUGUUUAUUGCGCUAGUGAUGAUGGUGGAUGACAAUAUUGAUUAACAAUGGCUAUUGAUCGUAUUAGUUGCUGGUCAAUGAUUGUAAUGAUUGAUAGUGAUAAUGAUGAUUGGUGAUAUAUAAUCAUGGCUGAUGGUGAUAAUUGUCGAUAGUAAUGGAUGAUCGUUAAUGAUAGUUGGUAGUAUUA